UCUUCUUACGUAAUAGCGAAUGGCCUCGUUUUCUUGCCAUUCCUUUUUAUCUUAGCAUUGCUUUUCGCCUCGCCAGUCUAUUGGCUAGCAGGUCUUGAUCGGAAUCCGUCAUCUUUCGCAUUUUUCCUUCUGCUUAUAUGGCUCAUCCUCUACACCGCAAACUCUGUGGUGGUCUGUUUCAGUUCCCUCGCACCAAACUUCAUAGUGGGAAACUCUGUCAUCGCCGGCGUGAUGGGGUCUUUCUUCCUCUUCUCCGGGUAUUUUAUAAGGAAGGAGGGGAUACCGGGUUGUUGGGUUUUCAUGAACUACUUGUCAUUGUUCAGGUAUCCAUUUGAAGCUUUUCUGGUAAACGAGUUUUCAGGGGAGGGAAAGUGUUUAGAGGAGAAAUUUGGAGUUUGUCUCUUGGAUGGAGAUACAGUGUUGAGAAAGGAGGGAUUGGGGGAGGUUAGCAGGUGGAAGGAUGUGAUAGUGAUGGUGGGUUUCAUAUUGGGUUACAGGUUUGGCUCCUACAUGAUA